GUUAAAUUAAAAUGGCAGGAAUUAAUAAUGUUUACGGGGCUGCGACUGCUUUUGUGUUAUACCACGAGGAAUAUUUGUCUUACACAGUUUAUCAUGCGAUAGUUUCAUGAUCAAACCUGCCAGUUAAACGAUCGAUGAGUUAUCAACAUCUAAGAUACGCUACUCGUACCUAAAUAUUCUAGUGUAUUUACUAUCGCCGUAUCAAUCAUCCGAUCCGACAUUCCCGUUUUUACAGGAAAACAUUUUACCUUACAGGUGUUCCCCCUCCCCCCACGCACACAAACACACACACAUACACACACACACACUCGAUACGUGAUAUUUCCACCAUUCGAACGGCUGUCCUCUAAAAGCAACGAUUACUCAGCGCAUAAGGAAAGUCCACUUAUCCUGUGACACACAUAAAUAGGGAAAAACGGUUUUACAUCGCAUUACCCAUAGCGUUCUCCAUUGAAUUAUCAUUUCCCAAUCUGGGACUUCUGCGAAAUAAAUUCACGCAGCUAUACGUCUUUCACGAGACGGAUUAGUGUCAAUCGUAUUCGUAACUGCGUGGACGCACGUGGACGUGUCGCGGGGAAAAGAUUCCGUUCCGCGACGAGGAAAAAGGGGAAGAGAGCGUUAACUCGCAGCCGCGAAGAUAAGAAUAAUACAAACACUUUCGCGAAAUUCUCGAUACUCCUCGCGCGGAAGCACGUGCGAAACGAAGGGAAAGUUUGCUCCCGCGAAUUACGAAUAUUCGAGCAAAUAUUUUAAAAGAAUCGCGCUGAGUAAUUCAGAAAAGAAUGAAGGAUAUCAGAGCCGCGAAUAGCAGCACGAACUCGCAAACGUGCGACGAAGAGAAAUUAAAGUGAUUGAUAAUAUAUUUGCCACGUCGAUUCAUCUGUUUACGACGAAUCAGUAUUAAUAAAACAACACGUGGAUAUUUUAGUCACCAUUGUUAAUAGUCAUAUUAUAAAGAAUUGAAGCGUUUCGAUUCCAUUGCGAUGUUUGAAUUUGCUUCACCAUAGAGUUUACUUUAUUCAGCUACGUUGCUGUUAUUUAGUUUAAAUGGAGGAUCAAGCACGUAAACCAGGCAGGCAUAAAUACAGGAUGGACUAGUACGAUGUAAACAAACACGACAGUCGUCAGUACGAUUUCGUAUUACGACAGUGGACGCGUUUCGUAUCUGAUCGAAAAGUUGAAUGUCCUCUGCGUACAUCGUGGAAUCCCGAGUGACGCAAGUGCAUCCCGCUCCAAGCAGUCUCUUCUACGACGGGACGUCCGGAAAUCAAAUUUUCCAAGUAAGGCAACGUGUUCGACUGGCCCGACUUUGAGAUAACUCAAGUACUAUCAGAAUGAAAGACAGUAACAGCCCGGUGGACAGCAGGCAGGACUUGGAGGGUGGCUACGUGAACCACGGCUUAAGCGAGUCCACCAACAACGUGGAUCUUAUUCACUCGUUUCAAUCUCUUCAGAAUACGCACGGGAACCAUCGCGACAUACAGGGCUCCUCAGAUUUCAUCUUGAUCGAAGAUCCGGGGGAUGACGAGGGUAAGCAGAAGGAAAGUCUCCUGAAAUCGGUGCUGGAGCACACGAGGCGGCGUGCCAAGGCCAUAUGCACGAAGAAGACCCUUUACAAGAGGCUACCGAUCUUGAACUGGUUGCCAAGGUACAAUGGUCAAGAUGCACUCGGAGAUCUGGUGGCCGGGAUCACCGUGGGCCUCACCGUCAUUCCUCAGUCGCUGGCGUACUCGAACGUCGCCGGUUUACCGCCGCAGUACGGUUUAUACGGCAGCUUUCUGGGUUGUUUCAUCUACGUAAUUUUUGGAUCUUGCAAGGACAUACCCAUGGGACCCACUGCCAUAAUAUCUCUGUUGACUUAUCAAACAGUGUCUCACUUGGACUCCCCUGUGCCGUAUGCGAUUCUAUUGACCUUUUUGGUCGGAAUCGUGGAAUUAAUAAUGGGUAUAUUUGGACUCGGAUUUCUAAUAGAUUUUGUGUCCGGGCCGGUAAGCUCCGGUUUCACGUCGGCGGUGGCUUUGAUAAUCGCCACAUCGCAAGUCAAAGACAUCCUCGGUAUUCCUGCCAAGGGUUCUCAAUUUAUUGAAAUGUGGCAGAGCAUCGGAGGGCUGAUACAUCAGACAUCCGCCUGGGACGUCACCCUAGGAGUAUCCUGCAUAGCACUGCUACUAAUUCUGAGGUUAUUAGCCUCAUGGAAAAUCGGCCCGAAGAAGGAGGAGCUUCGUACCACGAAACAUCGUGUCGUGAAUAAAAUCAUCUGGCUGAUCAGCACCUCGCGAAAUGCACUUUUGGUAGUAAUUUGCGGUUUACUGGGCUGGAGCUUCCACGACAACUCGCCCGUCAGACUGAUUGGCUACAUACCGGGAGGUAUGCCUGCCGUGCAAAUCCCACCGUUCGGAUUCACGAAAGAUGACAACACGACGGUCACAUUUAUCGAGAUGCUCGGUAAUCUGGGCAGUGGCAUCGUCGUUCUACCGCUCAUCUCACUAAUGGAAGAUAUCGCUAUCUGUAAGGCAUUCGCCAACGGAAAAUCGGUGGACGCCACGCAGGAGCUGAUAGCGAUCGGUGUGUCAAACAUCGGAAAUUCCUUCGUGCAGGCUUUCCCGGGCACGGGAUCUCUCAGCAGGAGCGCGGUGAACAACGCUUCCGGCGUCAGGACGCCGCUCGGCGGCAUUUACACCGGUGUGCUGGUAAUUUUAGCUCUGCAAUUCCUCACCCCGUACUUCAGUUUUAUCCCACGCGCCAGCCUGGCUGCGAUUAUUAUCGCCGCGGUCAUCUUCAUGGUCGAAGUCAAAGUGGUGAAGCCGAUGUGGAGGACGAAAAAAUCGGACCUCAUCCCCGGGGUGGGCACGUUCAUCGCGUGUCUGGUGCUGCAACUGGAGAUCGGCAUCCUCUGCGGAAUCGGGAUAAAUAUUCUCUUCAUCCUGUACCACGCUGCCCGACCGAAAAUAUCCGUGGAGAAGCUCAAGACUCACGACGGUAUCGAGUACCUGAUGCUGACACCGGAUCGUUGCCUGAUCUUCCCCUCGGUGGACUACGUCCGCAAUCUCGUGACCAAGUACAGCCGGCGCGCCGAGAGCGGCUCGACGCCCGUGGUGAUCGACUGUUCGCACAUCUACGGCGCGGACUUCACCGCCGCCACGGUCAUCGAGAUCCUGACGAAGGACUUCGCCAGUCGGGGGCAGCCGCUCUUCUUCUACAACCUGAAGCCGUCGGUGUACGCCGUCUUCGAGGGCGUCGAGCCCACGGACUUCGUCGUCUACUACAAUCAGGAAACGCUAGACGAUCUGCUGAAGGAGAAGGGUUACAUGAAGCAGGUCAAAUAGAAACCCCGCCGCGGAACAGUCGAGGGAUAUCCGUUUCCAAUCGUGAGAGGCGCAUUUCGUACUUUCAUACAGCGUGUUUCUCGAGACUGUUGUCCAA